AUGGCUCCUAAAAUUGUUGUUUCGCUUUCAAUGAUCAAAAGAAACUUACAGUAUUUGCAACAGCAGUUGGGAGCUGCCUUAAAGAACAGUAGUGUGGUUGUUAAAUUCAUCUGCGUGAUCAAUAUAUUCUGUUAUUUUUUGUCAUUUAGUGACACUGCUGUGCGAAUUCUCUGUGUUACUCCAGGGUUUAUAAUUCCCCCUAACUUCUGGGUGUGGACUGCAUUUACUCAUUGCUUUUUAGAAACGAGAUUAUGGUUGUUAUUGACUGAUGUCAUUACGGUUGGACUUUGUGGAAAGCUUUUAGAACCGUUAUGGGGAGCUAUGGAAAUGCUAACGUUCUUUGCUCUGGUCAAUACAUCUGUAGCUUUCUUAUCAGUUCUGAUCUACAUAGUCAUAUUUACCAUUACAUCAGAUCCGCGCUACUUGUUUUCAGUACAUAUUCAUGGUUUAGCCGGGUACUGUGCUGCAGUAUCUGUGGCUGUUAAACAGAUCAUGCCUGAUCAUAUACUUCUGUCAUUACCAUGUGGUAAGUUAAGAAACAGAAAUGUUCCCCUCUGUGUUUUGUUACUAAGUUUAAUUUUGUGGUCACUCAAUGUCAUUAGAGGUACAUAUCCAGUGAUGUUUUCAACCGGAUUGCUAUCAGCGUGGAUUUAUUUAAGAUUUUACCAGCAUCAUAGUAAUGGAACUGUUGGUGACAUGGCUGAUGGCUUUACCUUUGCUAGUUUUUUCCCUAAUGUAAUCCAGCCUCCAUUAAUAGUGCUUGGGAAUGCAGUGUUUGAAUUUCUUGUUUAUAUCAGGCUAUGUAAAAAGCCUUUAAGAAAAUAUAACCUUGCAUCAUCUUCGUCUAUAUCUGUUACCAUACCAGGAACAGAGCCUCAUGAUGCUGAACGUAGAAGGCAAAUUGCAUUAAGAGCUUUGAGUGAAAGACUUAGUAAAGUUGAGCAAGUUCCCUGGCCUUCGACUGCAGAUGAAUCAAAAUUACCUGAAAAAAGUAAAAGUGUCAGUAUUAUGAUGCCACCAGUCCUUGCACAUCAUCAGAAUACAUUGUUAACAUCAACUAAUCCUGAAAAGUCACAGUCAAAGCCAAGUCCUGAGACAGAAAAGUUGAUUUCUAUAGACGACCCAUCAACAAACAAAUCAUAA